UUGUUCAUAAGGGAAAAUCCAUACUACAGUGAAAAAUAUCAAAAAGCUUAUUCGAAAUCAAUUAACGAACCUGAAGAAUUUUGGGCGGAAGUUGGUAAAUCCGUGACUUGGUAUACUCCAUGGUCGAAAGUUAUCGAUAACUCGAAUCAACCUUUCACCAAAUGGUUCGUCGGUGGAAAGUUAAACGCUUGUUAUAAUGCAAUCGAUCGACAUGUUGAAUCUGGAAAAGGUGAAAAGGUUGCUCUCAUUCACGACAGUCCGGUAACGAAUACAAUUCGACACGUGACCUACAACGAAUUGUAUUCGAAAGUUUCACGAUUGGCUGGAGCUUUGUCAGCUUUGGGAGUUGAAAAAGGUGAUAGAGUACUUAUUUACAUGCCUCUCAUUCCGGAAACCAUAAUGGCUAUGCUUGCAACCGUACGAUUGGGAGCCGUUCAUUCUGUCGUUUUCGGAGGUUUUGCCGCACGUGAAUUAUGCGUCAGAAUAGAACAUUCUGAACCAAAAGUUAUAAUUGCAGCAAGCUGUGGCGUUGAACCGCAUAAAAUAGUCAGGUACAAAGAAAUAUUAAACGAAGCUUUACUUCAUAGUAAAGUUAAACCGCGAUGUUGUAUAAUAUAUCAAAGGAGAAACGUCGAAGAAUGUUAUUUGGAACCGGAAAUAGAUUUAUUAUGGGAUGAUGCGUUAGAAAUGACUGAACCUCAUCCUUGCGUUCCAGUUGAAGCUAACGAUCCUCUUUACAUUCUGUACACUUCCGGAACGACAGAUCAGCCGAAAGGUAUAUUGAGGCCUACCGGAGGCCACAUAGCUACACUUGCGUGGACGAUGUCGACAAUUUACGGUAUGGGUCCAAAUGAUGUUUGGCUCUCGGCUUCGGAUUUGGGUUGGGUCGUGGGUCAUUCUUACAUAUGCUACGGUCCUCUCGUUUACGGUAUCACGUCUGUGAUGUACGAAGGAAAACCAGAUCGAACUCCCGAUCCUGGUGCUUACUUCAGAGUAAUACAAAAUCAUCAGGUAAAUGCAAUAUUAACCGCUCCGACGGCUCUUCGAGUCAUUCGAAGAGAAGAUCAAGAAGCUGUGUACAGUCGAAAAUACUCUACAAAGUCACUGAGGCAUAUAUUCAUAGCCGGAGAACAUUCAGAUGAUGAAACAAAAAUGUGGGCAGCAAAAGUUUUUAAGGUACCCAUACUUAAUCAUUGGUGGCAAACGGAAACCGGUCAUUCGAUUACUGCUACAUGUAUUGGGUUUAAUCAUUCGGUAGAUCCUCCAAGAUUUUCAGCUGGUCUUCCAUUUCCGGGAUACGAUGUCCGAAUACUGAGAAAAGAUGGAACGGAAGCGGAUUUUUUAGAACUCGGACGAAUCGUCGUCAAACUUCCUCUUCCUCCGGGAACUAUGUCAACAUUGUACAAAGCCGACGAUAGAUUUAUAGAAACUUAUUUCACCAAGUACCCCGGUUAUUAUGAUACGAUGGAUGCCGGAUACGUCGACGAAUUCGGUUACGUUUACGUUACUGCCAGAGAUGAUGACGUCAUAAACGUUGCCGGACAUAGGUUGUCGACUGCAGCUUUGGAAAACGUUAUAAUGAGUCAUUCAUCGGUAUCUGAUGCUGCAGUGAUCGGAGUACCGGAACCUACAAAAGGAGAAAUACCGUUUUGUUUUUUUACAUUAAAAAAAGGAGUAACAGAAAGUCCAGAAAAAAUCACCGAAGAUCUCGUCGAUAUGGUUCGUGAUUUAAUCGGUCCGAUAGCAGCAUUUAAAUUAGCAGCUCCGAUAAGGGCCCUACCUAGAACGAGAUCGGGAAAAAUAGCAAGAAAAUCUAUGGCUAAUUUAGCAAGAAACAAAUUCGUUAAGAUAUCCGGAACAAUCGAAGAUCCCACAAUUUACAAAGACGUUAAAAAUAUUUUACAAAAUUACGGAUAUGCUCGAACUGCACCCGAUCCAAAAUGA